GAUUAUGGUACAAAAGCAUUCGAUUUGUAACAUUCUGAACAUACAGAUACAGCACACACAUCUCCAACACGCUUUAGCUAAAGCACUAAGAAUGAAGUUCAGAGUAGCAGUUCUUCUGCUUCUGUACAAAUGUCUUGUAUUCGCUCCGAAUGUCAUAUUCGCGACAGAAUCUGCCGUCUCAGGAUUGCCUUGUCCUUUGAAAACAUGCACAGAUGUACUGAAGGAACUUGGAGCCACAGAGAAGCAACUAAAAGAUCUGGAAAUCAGACAUGCUAAGAGUGAAGCUAAGACUGAGGAAAUCAAACAAGAUCUGGAAAUCAGACUGGCUAAGAGUGAAGCUCAGAUUGAGGAAAUCAGAAAGGAAAAACAAGAUCUGGAAAUCAGACUGGCUAAGAGUGAAGCUCAGAUUGAAGAAAUCAAAAAGGAAAAACAAGCUCAGAUUGAGGAAAUCAAAAAGGAAAAACAAGACUUUGUUCCCAAGACCAGGAACGACUUCCUACAAUAUUCCCAACGGUUCACUGUGGAUCUGAACACAGUGAGUGAACGCCUCCGUCUGUCUGAGGGGAACACAAUGAUUACUGUCACUGACACAGAUCAGUCGUAUCCUGAUCAUCCAGACAGAUUUGAUCAUUAUCCUCAGGUGUUGUGUAGAGAGAGUGUGAGUGAUCGACGCUCUUACUGGGAGGUUGAGAAGAGUGAGAGUGUGUAUAUAUCAGUGUCAUAUAAGAGCAUCAGCAGGAAGGGAUCGGGUAGUGAGUGUGAGUUUGGAUCUAAUGAUCAAUCCUGGAGUUUGAGAUGCCUUAUUGUGGGAUACUCAUUCACACACAAUAACGGACACACUAUUCUCCCUGUAAAGCCCAUCAUCAGUAGAACAGUGAAUGGGAAGGAUUACUAUAAAAUUGGAGUGUAUGUGGAUCACAGUGCAGGAACUCUGUCCUUCUACAGCGUCUCUGGAGACACAAUGAUCCUCAUCCACACAGUCCAGACCACAUUCACUCAACCACUCUAUCCUGGGUUUAGGGUUUAUUAUAGAUCAUCAGUGAAACUGUUAUAGAGUCUCUUCAUGACAUUAACACUGAAAUAUCACGACACAAUAAAUGUGUGUUAAUGACUCAAAAUCACAUGAUGAAAUAAAUGUUGAAAUAUUGUAAUAAAUGUUGAACUCAGUGUUCAUGUA